UCCACCAGCAGCAACCGGUUUGUCACGUGACUAGCGUGCAGCGCUGCCUGCCUAUGUGUGUGUGUAUGUGGCUUUAUUUCCGUGUUCACAGGAGGGCAAGCUGAGCUGAAUGAGUUUUCACGGCGGCUGUGUGUCUGUCUUUCACGCCGCGAAACUGCGUCUCAGUGCGGGGAUCUGUCGGGCGGGGGAAAACUCGCUCAUUCGCAUCUCCUGGACCCACGCUGCUGCAGGACCAUGCUCACGCGGGUGAAAUCGGCAGUGGCCAAUUUUAUGGGAGGUAUGGUGGCUGGUGGCCCCAACGGUGAUCAUCCCGGCGGCUCGGAUCUGCCGCUGAAAUUCCCGUACAGCAGACCGGAGUUCCUGGGACUUUCGCCGGACGAGGUCGAGUGCUCGGCGGAUCACAUUGCGAGACCGAUCCUCAUAGUGAAGGAGACCAAGCGGCUGCCGUGGUCCACCGGCUACGCAGAGGUGAUCAACGCAGGAAAGAGCACUUUAAAUGAGGACCAGGCUUGUUGCGAGGUGCUGGUACUCAAAAGGAGACCUGCAGGAAGCUCUGCGCCCAACAGGACCCCCAUGACCCGCAGGAGGUCUUCCCUGCCCAAUGGAGAGGGUUUAGGCCUCCGGGAGUGCCUGGACAGCUCUGAAGACCUAACCUUGCACUAUUGGGCGUUGUUUGAUGGCCACGCUGGCUCUGGGGUGGCUGUUGUGGCUUCCCACCUUCUGCAUCACCACAUCGCACUGCACCUUCAGGAAGUGAUGGAGAUCAUCUGCACUCCAAACCUGGUGCCCCCCACAUGCCUUGGGGAGGAGCCUAUCAAUCACCACCUCACCCCGACAUCCCAGCGCGCCCUCACCAGGGCCGCCUCGCUCCGUGGUGCCGCAGGGGCUCCGGGUUCUCCCAGCACCCCACCUAUGCGCUUCUUUACUGAAAAGAAAGUUUCACACGAGAGCCUGGUGAUUGGAGCCAUCGAAAACGCUUUCAAAGACAUGGAUGUGCAGAUAGAGAAGGAGAAGGCAGUGUACAACAUCUCAGGUGGCUGUACUGCUCUGGUGGUUGUCUAUUUGCUUGGGAAGCUCUAUGUUGGGAACGCUGGGGACAGCAGAGCUAUCAUUAUCCGGGCCGGGGAAGUCAUCCCUAUGUCAGCAGAGUUCACACCAGAGUCAGAGAGACAGCGACUGCAGUUCCUGGCCUAUAUGCAGCCCCACUUAUUAGGGAAUGAGUUUACACAUCUGGAGUUCCCGAGAAGAGUUCAGAGAAAGGAGGUGGGAAAGAGGAUGCUGUACCGUGACUUCACCAUGUCAGGAUGGGCGUAUAAAACCAUCGAGGACGAUGACCUUAAGUUUCCCCUGAUCUACGGUGAAGGGAAGAAGGCUCGUGUGUUGGCGACCAUUGGGGUCACCAGAGGUCUUGGGGACCACAAUCUCAAAGUGCACGACUCCAACAUCUACAUUAAGCCCUUCCUGUCCUGCUGCCCAGAGGUCAAAGUUUACCCUUUGGCGCAGUGCGAGCAUGGAGCUGAUGAUGUUCUAGUGCUUGGAACUGACGGCCUGUGGGAUGUCCUCUCGAGCCAGGAAGUAGCUGAAGCAGUCACCUGUUUCCUGGCAAAUUGCGACCCGGACGACCAGCACAGGUACAGAAUGGCAGCUCAAGACCUCGUAAUGAGAGCACGAGGGGUGCUGAAGGAUCGAUGCUGGAGGAUAUCCAAUGACAGAUUAGGCUCUGGAGAUGACAUCUCUGUCUACAUUAUUCCCCUCAUGUACGGCAACAAGCAGAACUAGCCAAGCUACGAAACUACAACCACCAAGGAAACAUAAGCCUGCCUUGACCUCCCAAUUUUACUUAUGCAGUUUCCCUAAGUUUCCCCCAAGUGCUUCAGUGUGGACUUCCUCCUCUGCUGAGGGAGUUCAUUUGCUUCUGGCCAGAGAUGGGAUUUCUGUCCGAACUGUUUUCCCCUUUAUCAUCCUCAAUCAGGAUGAGCUCGUUUCGUCUCGUCUUUUUUGUAGAAAAUAAUCUGUUCAAGAAACCAAGACAUGAAACGAGCCUCAGAAGUGGUUCGAGUACCAAUUCUGAGUUGUUGGGUUUUUUUUUUAUCUCGAGGAAGCCAUCGUGAUUCUUGUUGUGGGGCGAUGCCUAAGGUUGAGAACAUGGACACUUAUACAUGAGAUGGUGACGUGCAUCUCAGGAUUGCUCUUACUAACUAAUGCACAAUAUUUAUAAAUGUGAAAAUGUAAAUACUCCAAGGUGUGGGUUUGGUUGAUCACCUGUACAGUGUAAAAAAAAAAAGAAAAAAGAAAUCUGAAGACUGAUGUCCUGUCCUAUGUAGAACUUUUAAAUUAGCCAAGUUCAGUCAUGUGCAAUUGUUAGUCCAAAGGAGAAAAAACUUGCAAGCCUUCUCUAGACAGUAUGUCAGCUGGUUCUCCUAAUGCUACCCUUGCUAUUUUUGCUCAUUUGCACCUCUUGCAUAGCAAUACUAAACUCACCAUUAAGGAAAAAUGGCAACCUUGGAAAAUGAAGAAUCACAUUUAUGAAGUAUAAACUAACAGGAGGAGUCACCCUCAAUGUUUUGGUGUCAGCUACAGAACAUGUGACUCUGCUAUCUUGUCAUGCUAUUAAAUGUAGGCCAGCUUUUACAUUCAUUCAGAUUUACAAAGGAAAAAAAAAGACGUCUUUCUGUUGUACUAAUCCACCAUCAGCCAUCUACCUCCUCAUUUUCUGUCCGUCUAUUGUAUUACACAUAACAGAUGUUGUCAUUGUCCUUUUUAAAUGGCUGUUUGCAUGCAACAUCAUCAUCACCUGCGACCCAUGCCACUAUUUAGUUACAUGUUCAUACUUUGCUCCUUUUCUCAGUAUCAGUUGAAAAUAUUUUCCCAUUUAGAUAAACCCAACCUUAUCAAUAGCAGGUGCUUCUAAAAUCUGACUUGCUCUGAUUUUUAACAUGUUACUUAAAAGGAAGUAUACAUAUUACUAUCACUGCAGACAAUUAAAUAGACAAUGCUUACCUGGUGUGUCUCUAAAAUCAAUAGUGUUACCUGAUUCAGUGAUCUUCAACAUUGUAGUUCAUUAAGUUUAGACUUUUCAGCUUCUACUCAAUGUGCUCAAAUAUUGUAUCUCAACUGCUGUACGAGUGGUUGAAACGGGUGAAACAUGGAACAGAGUAACUUAAUGUAUUUGUAAAAAUGUAAAUAACGUCUUCAGUGGAUAAUUCUCUCUUUCUCUUUUCUGUUAUUGUAAGUGAUGUACAUCUUACUGAAACAAAUGAUGUAAUUUGUACUGUUUUGGAAACCUAGAACAGUGUUGUUUACAUGAUCAUUUUUUCUGCUCUAUUAAAAAAAACAAUUGACAGUU